CAGCGCUCGGUGGUUUAAAGAUGGCGGCGGCGGCGGCGUUGGGGGCGCGGAGCCACGGGAGGAGGAGGGAAAAGCAGGAUCUGUGAGUCGCCUGGAAGCAGCGCGGCGGCUGCCGUGAGGAGGCCGGGUGCGGAGCCGCCGGCGGCCCAGCCGCUCAGGGCCAGGGCCUGGGCUGGGAGGGAGAGGCCGGAGCAGCGCCAGGAGCCCGAGGCCGGAGCCGAGGAGGAAUGUGACCAGGGGUCGGCGGGGGCGCGGGAGUACGCGAGAGCAGGGAUGGGGCAGCAGGUGGGCCGCGUCGGGGAAGCUCCGGGGCUCCAGCAGCCUCAGCCCCGCGGGAUCCGGGGCAGCAGUGCAGCCAGGCCCUCCGGCCGCAGGCGGGACCCGGCGGGGCGCACCACAGAGACCGGCUUCAAUAUCUUCACCCAGCAUGAUCACUUUGCCAGCUGUGUGGAGGAUGGAUUUGAGGGAGACAAGACUGGAGGCAGUAGUCCAGAAGCUUUGCAUCGUCCCUAUGGUUGUGAUGUUGAACCCCAGGCACUAAAUGAGGCUGUCAGGUGGAGCUCCAAGGAGAACUUGCUCGGAGCCACCGAGAGUGACCCUAAUCUCUUCGUUGCACUUUAUGAUUUUGUAGCAAGUGGUGAUAACACACUCAGCAUCACUAAAGGUGAAAAGCUACGAGUCCUUGGUUACAACCAGAAUGGCGAGUGGAGUGAAGUUCGCUCUAAGAAUGGGCAGGGCUGGGUGCCAAGCAACUACAUCACCCCAGUGAACAGCCUGGAAAAACACUCCUGGUACCAUGGACCUGUGUCACGCAGUGCAGCUGAGUAUCUGCUCAGCAGUCUAAUCAAUGGCAGCUUUCUGGUGCGAGAAAGUGAGAGUAGCCCUGGGCAGCUGUCCAUCUCGCUCAGGUACGAGGGACGUGUGUAUCACUACAGGAUCAAUACCACCGCAGAUGGCAAGGUAUAUGUGACUGCUGAGAGCCGCUUUAGCACCUUGGCAGAGCUUGUACACCAUCACUCCACAGUGGCUGAUGGGCUGGUGACAACAUUACACUACCCAGCACCCAAGUGUAAUAAGCCUACAGUCUAUGGUGUGUCCCCCAUCCACGACAAAUGGGAAAUGGAGCGAACAGAUAUUACCAUGAAGCACAAACUUGGGGGCGGUCAGUAUGGAGAGGUUUACGUUGGCGUCUGGAAGAAAUACAGCCUUACAGUUGCUGUGAAAACAUUGAAGGAAGAUACCAUGGAGGUAGAAGAAUUCCUGAAAGAAGCUGCAGUGAUGAAGGAAAUCAAGCAUCCUAAUCUGGUACAACUUUUAGGUGUGUGUACUUUGGAGCCACCAUUUUACAUUGUGACUGAAUACAUGCCAUACGGGAAUUUGCUGGAUUACCUCCGAGAAUGCAACCGAGAAGAGGUGACUGCAGUUGUGCUGCUCUACAUGGCCACUCAGAUUUCUUCUGCAAUGGAGUACUUAGAGAAGAAGAAUUUCAUCCAUAGAGAUCUUGCAGCUCGUAACUGCCUAGUGGGAGAAAACCAUGUGGUAAAAGUGGCUGACUUUGGCUUAAGUAGAUUGAUGACUGGAGACACUUACACUGCUCAUGCUGGAGCCAAAUUUCCUAUUAAGUGGACAGCACCAGAGAGUCUUGCCUACAAUACCUUCUCAAUUAAAUCUGACGUCUGGGCUUUUGGGGUACUGUUGUGGGAAAUUGCUACCUAUGGAAUGUCACCAUAUCCAGGUAUUGACCUGUCUCAGGUCUAUGACCUACUAGAAAAAGGAUAUCGAAUGGAACAGCCUGAGGGUUGCCCCCCUAAGGUUUAUGAACUUAUGAGAGCAUGCUGGAAGUGGAGCCCUGCCGAUAGGCCCUCUUUUGCUGAAACACACCAAGCUUUUGAAACCAUGUUCCAUGACUCCAGCAUUUCUGAAGAGGUAGCUGAGGAGCUUGGGAGAGCCGCCUCCUCAUCAUCUGUUGUUCCGUACCUGCCCCGGCUACCUAUACUUCCUUCCAAGACUCGGACACUGAAGAAACAGGUAGAGAACAAGGAGAACAUUGAAGGGGCACAAGAUGCCACAGAAAAUUCUGCUUCCAGUUUAGCACCAGGGUUCAUCAGAGGUGCACAGGCCUCCAGUGGAUCCCCAGCACUGCCUCGAAAGCAAAGAGACAAGUCACCCAGCAGCCUCUUGGAAGAUGCCAAAGAGACAUGCUUCACCAGGGAUAGGAAGGGGGGCUUCUUCAGCUCCUUCAUGAAAAAGAGAAAUGCUCCUACACCCCCCAAACGCAGCAGCUCCUUCCGAGAAAUGGAGAAUCAGCCCCAUAAGAAAUACGAACUCACGGGUAACUUCUCAUCUGUUGCUUCUCUACAGCAUGCUGAUGGGUUCUCUUUCACUCCUGCCCAGCAAGAGGCGAAUCUGGUGCCACCCAAGUGCUAUGGGGGGAGCUUUGCACAGAGGAACCUCUGUAAUGAUGACAGUGGUGGGGGUGGGGGCAGUGGCACUGCUGGGGGUGGGUGGUCUGGCAUCACAGGCUUCUUUACACCACGCUUAAUCAAAAAGACACUGGGCUUACGAGCAGGUAAACCCACAGCCAGUGAUGACACUUCCAAGCCUUUUCCAAGGUCAAACUCUACAUCUUCCAUGUCCUCAGGGCUUCCAGAGCAGGAUAGGAUGGCAAUGACCCUUCCCAGGAACUGCCAGAGGUCCAAACUGCAGCUGGAAAGGACAGUGUCCACCUCUUCUCAGCCAGAAGAGAACGUGGACAGGGCCAAUGACAUGCUUCCAAAAAAAUCAGAGGAAAGUGCUGCUCCAAGCAGGGACAGACCAAAAGCCAAGUUAUUGCCCAGAGGAGCCACAGCUCUUCCUCUCAGAACACCCUCUGGGGAUCUAGCCAUUACAGAGAAGGACUCUCCAGGGGUGGGAGUGGCUGGAGUGGCAGCUGCCCCCAAGGGCAAAGAGAAGAAUGGUGGGGCACGACUUGGGAUGGCUGGAGUUCCAGAGGAUGGAGAGCAGCCGGGCUGGCCUUCUCCAGCCAAGGCUGCCCCCAUCCUCCCAACCACUCACAACCACAAAGUGCCAGUCCUUAUCUCACCCACUCUGAAACACACUCCAGCUGACGUGCAGCUCAUUGGCACAGACUCUCAGGGGAAUAAAUUCAAGCUCUUAUCUGAGCAUCAGGUCACAUCCUCUGGAGACAAGGACCGACCCCGACGGGUAAAACCAAAGUGUGCCCCACCCCCACCACCAGUGAUGAGACUACUGCAGCAUCCGUCCAUCUGCACAGACCCUACAGAAGAGCCGACUGCCCUAACUGCAGGACAGUCCACGUCAGAAACACAGGAAGGAGGAAAGAAGGCAGCUCCGGGCACAGUGCCCAUCAGUGGGAAAGCUGGGAGGCCAGUGAUGCCUCCACCUCAAGUGCCUCUGCCCACAUGUUCCAUCUCGCCAGCCAAAAUGGCCAACGGCACAGCAGGUACUAAAGUGGCUCUGAGAAAAACCAAACAAGCCGCUGAGAAAAUCUCAGCAGACAAAAUCAGCAAAGAGGCCCUGCUGGAAUGUGCUGACCUACUGUCCAGUGCAAUCACGGAACCUGUGCCCAACAGCCAGCUGGUAGACACUGGACACCAGCUGCUUGACUACUGCUCAGGCUAUGUGGACUGCAUCCCUCAAACUCGCAACAAAUUUGCCUUCCGAGAGGCUGUGAGCAAACUGGAACUCAGCCUGCAGGAGCUACAGGUUUCUUCAGCAGCUGCUGGUGUGCCCGGGACAAACCCUGUCCUUAAUAACUUACUGUCAUGUGUACAGGAAAUCAGUGAUGUGGUGCAGAGGUAGCCACUGUUAGCCUGGUGGGAAAAUGCACACAUUUCUGAGGGGAGAGGGAAAGGGACUUGUUUUCCUGUGUUCUUGUUUUCAGAAAAUGAAAGACUCAUACUUGA